AUGGGCGCUGAUAAGUUUUCUGCCGUCGAUACGACUGCGCGGCUUGCAAAGUUGCGAGAACUCUUUAAACAGGAUAAAUACAAAUUGAAUGCAUAUAUCAUUCCCUCAGAAGAUGCUCACCAGAGCGAAUACAUUGCGCCAUGUGAUGCACGUCGAGCAUUCAUCUCUGGCUUUACUGGAUCUGCUGGCCUAGCAAUUGUAAUCGAGGACAAAGCUGCUUUAUUUACAGAUGGAAGGUAUUUCCUGCAAGCAAGCCAACAAUUGGACCAGAACUGGACACUUAUGAAACAAGGACUACCCGAUGUGCCUACAUGGCAAGAGUAUCUUGUUAAGAAUCUGCCAGAAAAUUUGAGAAUUGGAGUAGAUCCAAAGCUAAUCACGAUUGCUGACGCGAAGACAUUGGCAAAAUCAUUUGAAAAAGUUGGCUCUACUCUUGUGCCAACAGAGACGAACUUGGUCGACAUAGUUUGGGGUAAUGAGCGUCCACCGACGCCAAAAAAUCAAGUUUUUGUGCUAGAAGAGAAAUACGCAGGCCGUUCGAGUAGCGAAAAAGUCAAAAGUCUUCGUGAAGAACUUGAAAAGAAGAAUUAUUACGGGUUCGCUGUGUCUGGAUUAGACGAAAUUGCUUGGCUAUUUAAUCUUCGUGGGUCGGAUAUUCCAUACAACCCCGUGUUUUUUUCAUAUGCUUUGGUAACGAAAACAUCUAUUAAGCUGUACAUUUCACCCGAGAAACUUACCCAAAACGUACGAGAACACUUGGGAAAUGAAGUUGAGGUCAGCCCUUAUGACACAAUAUUUGAUGAUUUGAAAAAUUUGAGGACUAGUUUAAAGGAAGACAAGCAGAACCUGUUGAUUUCAAGUCGUGCUAGUUUGGCUUUAGCCAACGCAGUUGGAGAUAAUGUCGAAGAUGCAAGAUCUCCAAUAACAGACGCGAAAGCUAUUAAAAACGAAAUUGAACUGGAGGGAAUGAGACAAUGUCAUCUGAGGGAUGCCGCGGCAGUAAUCCAAUAUUUCGCAUGGUUAGAGGAAGAACUUGCAGCUGGAAAGACUAUUAAUGAGGUGGAGGGCGCCGACGUGCUUGAGAAAUUACGAGCAGAGAAAACAGACUAUGUCGGGCUUUCAUUCGAUACAAUUUCGGCUUCCGGUCCGAAUGGCGCUAUCAUUCAUUACCAACCGAAACUCGAAACUUGUGCUGUCAUUAAUCCCAAACUGCUUUAUCUGUGUGAUUCUGGCGGGCAAUAUAAGGAUGGAACGACGGAUAUUACAAGAACAGUCCAUUUUGGAACACCAACCGAAGGGGAGCGUCGAGCAUUCACGCGUGUAUUACAAGGUCACAUUGCUAUUGAUUGUGUAGUGUUUCCAAAAGGUACGACAGGAUUCACCCUGGAUGUGCUCGCGAGAACUCCGUCAUGGCAGGAUGGUUUAGAUUAUAGGCAUGGAACUGGACACGGUGUCGGCUCGUUUUUGAAUGUACAUGAAGGUCCGCAUGGCAUAGGAACCCGCAUAGCCUUUAACGACGCUCCACUUCAGUCGGGGAUGACUGUAACUAACGAACCUGGAUAUUAUGAAGAUAACAAUUUCGGCAUUCGCAUCGAAAAUGUUCUUUUAGUUCGCGAUGCCAAUCCUCCAAACAAUUUUGGUGACCGUGGCUAUCUCAAAUUUGAACACGUGACCAUGGUUCCUAUCCAGACCAAACUUAUUGAAAAGAGUUUACUCGCACCGAGUGAGGUGGAGUGGGUCAAUAAGUAUAACAAGGAGUGCUUGGACAAAGUUGGGCCGCUAUUGAAAGAAGGGAGCAAAGCGUUACAAUGGUUGCAAAGGGAGACUGCAGAGAUAAAGUAG